AUAUUUUUAGUGAAAAAAAUAAGCUUUACCUGCACCACCGAUUCUUUCCGUCAUUCCUCGAAAAAUGCACUUUCUAAAAAAAAGUAAAAAAUUUAAAUUUUUAAAAGCCACUUAAGUCUAAUUAAUUAAAGUAAAAAAAAAAAAGCAAAAAGUAAAUAAAUACUGAUUCGUCAUAUUUCCCAAAAAUUAUUGUUCAAAAGCUUCAAAGUACUACUACUGUCACUACCGCACUUGACCAUUACAACUGAACACCGCUGAACUUAGCUUAAGCUACCAAAAUCAAUGUGAUUUUUUUUUUUCUAACUUACAGCAUUUUGCUGUACUUCUUUGUUCUGCAAUUUUAGAGAUCCAAAAAUAAAUUUACAAAAAGCAAAAAAAAAUAAUUAAUUCACUGUUUGCUUUUGAUUUUUGUACUCUUUUGGAAUUUCUAUAGCUAUGAGAAAUUCCGUUUUGUUCUUCAGUUUGAUAGCUCUGUUUAUUGCUUAUCUUCAAUUUCAGGUUCAUGCUGCUGCUCCUGCUGGGCCUUUGAUUAAGCACUUGAAUUCUAUACUCAAAUGGUCUAGGUCUUCCUCUAAAACUCCUCAAUCAGAUGGGAAUUUUCUUCAAUUCGAAGCAGGUUACUUAGUUGAAACUGUUGUAGAAGGAAAUGAGCUUGGUGUUGUACCGUAUAAGAUCCGGGUGUCAGAGGAUGGUGAACUCUUUGCUGUUGAUGCUAUUAAUAGCAAUAUCGUCCGAAUUACUCCCCCGUUAUCUCAAUAUAGUAGAGCAAGAUUGGUUGCUGGUUCAUUUGACGGUCACACUGGCCAUGUGGACGGGAAGCCAAUUGAUGCUCGUUUCAAACAUCCAAAAGGAGCUACCAUGGAUGACAAAGGAAACAUUUAUGUUGCUGAUACCGCAAAUCUGGCUAUUAGGAAGAUUGGAGAAGCAGGUGUGACAACAAUUGCUGGAGGAAAGUCUAUUCCAGGAUAUAGGGAUGGGCCGAGUGAGGAUGCUCAAUUUUCGAGCGACUUUGAUGUAAUAUACGUUCGGCCAACUUGUUCAUUACUCGUUAUUGAUCGAGGAAAUGCUGCUCUUAGGCAAAUUUCUCUCAGCCAGGAGGAUUGUGACUACCAGUACAGCUCAGUGUCAACUAUAGAUGUUGUCAUGGUGGCUGGUGCUAUUUUAAUAGGGUAUGCUGCAUGCAUGCUCCAGCAAGGAUUUGGCUCCAAGACUCAAGUACGUGUGGAAGUGGAGCAUCAAGAACCUUCUCUAAUCAAGGAGAAGCCCCCCACCCCUGUUGUGGAAACUGUCAAAGAAGAACAGGAAGCAGGAUGGCCAUCAUUUGGACAGCUAGUCUGGGAUCUGUCCAAGCUUGCUAUAGAGGGUCUGGGAUCCCUUUUUGGCUACAUCGUUCCAUUGCGGUUUAGACACAAGAACUUUGUUAGACCCGGACUAACUCCACUAAAAGAUUCACUGAUCAUGCCUGAAGAUGAAGUUGAGCCCCCUUUAGUCCAAAAGCAAAGGGCUCCAGCACCUGCUUCCGAGAUCAGACCGGUCCCAGCUGUCGGUGAUAAAGUUCCUGAAGGCAAGCCCACCAAGAUUAGGUCCAGUAGUUUUAUAGACCCUAACUUGUCAACCAAGCACCGGUCUUCCAGACGACAUGAGCAUGCAGAAUACUAUGGAAACUCAGGUGAGGUUCCUCCAUACGGGCACGUGAGGUCUAAAAGCCAGAAGGAAAGAACCAAGCAUAGGCGACAAGAUUCAAGUGUUGGAGCAGCAGGAAUAGAAGCAAAGCCUGAUCAAACGAAAGCAGGAAACUAUGAGGAUCCAAAGUUUGCCCAUUACAGCAUGAGAAACAAGUAUGGAGACCCUUUCCCUCGGUACGCAUGAAUAUAAGCUCAUAAUGACUUAGUUUUGUAAGCAGAGGGACAGAUUUUUUGUCAUGUAAGUUGUAACUCUAAUAUUAAUGGAAGCAAGUCAUUUCAUA